AUGCUGCUGCUGGUUCUGUUCUGUCUGCUGCUCUAUGCUCGCCAGGUCGUCCUCUCCUCUGGGUGGGACAGACCUGUGUGGAAGCUGGAGAUCCACGGCUCAACCAGCUCCAGUCGGACACUGCUGGGGACCAGUGGAGCCAAAGUGGGCCAGGAGUCUCCAGGGUUCCCACCCAGCCCUCCAGAGCCAGAGCUGCCUGCCUGUAAGUCCCAGUCCAAAUCAAAACCACCUCCGGCCAAAUCCAAACCUCAGGUCAAAUCUAAGGGGAAAUCCAAGUCGCGACGGAAGAAUGCUGUGCCGACCAAGGCUGCUGGAAAUCCUCUGCCCACGAUGCCACCAUUUGACUUUGAGAGUUACUUGCGGGAAAAGGACAACCGAAACUUUAAUCUGCUCAUAGACCAGCCGGAGAAAUGUCACCUCAGAGGAGCAGAGGAGCAAGAGGGAGGAAGAGGAGAUAAAGAGUCUAUUACUGCGCCCUAUAUGCUUAUUGCAGUGAAAUCUAUUGCUGCAGAUUUUGAUAAGCGUCAGGUGGUACGUCGGACAUGGGGUAAGGAGGGACAGUUCCAAAAUGGCGUGUCCAUUCGUACGGUUUUCCUGCUUGGGGUUCCCAAGAAUCGAAGUGCUCUUCCUCUGUGGGAUCGGCUCCUGGCCUACGAGAGUCAGACCUUUCGGGAUAUCCUGCUUUGGGACUUUGAAGACACUUUCUUCAACCUGACGCUGAAGGAAACACAUUUUCUGAAAUGGGUUAACAGCAGCUGUCCUUAUGUCAAGUUCAUCUUCAAGGGUGAUGCUGAUGUGUAUGUGAAUGUGGAGAACAUAUUAGAGAUGUUGCAAGGUCAAAAGCCAGAUGAGGAUCUGUUUGUCGGUGACAUUAUUAUCCAUGCUAAACCCAUUCGCCGACGCAGUUCCAAGUACUAUGUACCGGAGUUUGUGUAUGGAGGGGGUUUGUACCCGAAUUAUGCUGGGGGAGGAGGGUUUGUCAUGUCGGGACACACAGCUCGGAAACUUAGCUCUGCAUGUCAACAGGUGGAGUUGUUCCCCAUUGAUGAUGUCUUUCUGGGAAUGUGCCUCCAGCUGAUUGGCGUCAAACCGUCACGCCACCAGGGCUUUCGGACCUUCGGAAUUCCCCGACCGUCUGCAGCGCCCCACCUUCAGACCUUUGACCCCUGUUUCUACCAAGAACUCAUGGUUGUUCACAGCCUCAGUGUCCCACAGAUCUGGCUCAUGUGGAACCUCCUGCAUGACCCCAAACUGAGCUGCCACAACAGGACCAGCCUGACAUCCUGGCCCUUUAAGUGGAGGGGGAGGACGGAAGAGGAGGCAGGAGAAGAGACGGACUACGGUGAGAAGCGGGUAUUUAUCAUGCAUUAGGGACCUUCUGCAGGGACGAGUGGGAUCUGCAACAGCCCUAGUGAGUACAAAGUAGUUAUAGCGGGGGAUCAGUGGCCAACUUGAAAGGACUGUGAUGUGUUCAAAAGCACGGUUGAGUCAUAGGAGCAUUUAUCCAAGCUGGCAGAUCAACUUGGGGGGAAAUGAAUUGGCAAACAUGCUUCAGAUUUUUCAGUGAGGAAUCCUAGAGAGAAUUUAGGCUUUUUACCAUCAGAGCCCCAUCUGUCUGUUCGCAUGGGGCAAGAUUUUGAUUAGCAAAGACGACUGUGUGAUGAGUUGAAUCUCUGCACUUUUGAAUGUGUAAUCUUACCAAUGUGUUGUGUUACAAACAGAGACACCUUAAGAUUGACGAGGACGACGUAACUUAAUGUGGGUAGCUGGUUUAACCCCAUCCAAAUGUGAAUGCAACCGUUUGUGUGAGACCACAACAAUGUUAAUAGCCUGACUUUCAUUGGACUGUGUCGACAGCCAAGACUGAAAGUGGCUGUAAGCACUGAGAAAACAGCAGAGACUUUUUUGUGUUCUGAUGUGAAUCACUUGCAGAGAUGCUCCUCUCCUCCUUGUUAUGCUGGAUAGAAGCACAAAUGGACGGUCGCAUUAUCUGUUCCCUGGAGGAACAACAAAUGAAACCUAAAUGGAAACCAGCUGCACAGUGGGAACCAGCUGGGACCAUAGUACACAGUCACACAUGCGCGCCAAACCUCUGCUGAAUGUUUCUGAGGCGUGUGUACUUUCAUGUGAACACUUUAGUUAUUACUAUAAUUAUGAUGAUUUGCAUACUGUAAUUAUAUAUUUGAACUCUUUAUAUCUUUACCCUCUUCUGCUCAAAAUGUUCAGUGUUAAAAAUGCUGCAGGAGUGAUUUAUAAUCAUCUUAGUGAUGAUCACUUUAGUCACUGUGUCAGAGGGUCAUUAUCAGUGGCAGUGGAAGAGCAAACACAUGUUAUGGCUAAGACACUGAAUUUAACAAGUGAUACCUGAACAAAAUGGCUGCAAGUUUGUGUUCACACAUCAUCCAAAAGUCUUUUAUUGUUAGUUCUGUUGUGGCUCAUCUGAAUGCAUGCACGCUACUAUAGUCUGUGGUGUAAACACACAGUAGAUGUGGUCAGUGUGGGCAGCUGAGUUUCAGUUCUGGAACACUGAAUGUUUUAAUUAAAUUUUUUUUUUUGGAUAAUGUAAAUGAAGUGAUCUUUACUUUACUGCUUCAUUUGUCAAAGCGAAAGUUUAGAUUUCAACUUUAAUAGUUUAAGACAGUCUCUGUCUUUGUGACUAAUAAUAAUAUAAUUCUGCCAGGUGUUGAUACAAAACAGAUGCUGAGAUCUGGCUCCUGUCUGAAGUCAAGUCAAACGUGCAGCAUAAACUUGAGUUUCAAGAAAUAAAAACCUCCCAAUCUUUUUUCACA